UUCGGCUGUUGUCGGACUCACCCGGUGUGCCAGAGGGCAGAGCGAGCGCAGCGGCUCUCAGCGCUCGAGACCAGCGCCAUUCAUCUGAGAGGACCGCGGGCACACCUGGUCGGACCGAGCAGAGCGAGUUUACCGACUGAAACGGCUCCACACAGCACCCGGGUUAAUCACUUGAGGAAUGCGGUGCUAUUAGGACGGGAGCCGAAACUUCACAGCAACUUUGCGUUAAUUCUCACCAAGUUAGCAAAAAGGGAUCAUGGCGACAGGAGGAUUUAAAUCAAACGCCACGACAGACUUUUUGGAGGAGUGGAAGGCAAAACGGGAGAAAAUGAGAGCCAAAAUGUUGGGGGACAUAGCCGCAGCCACGGGUGCUCCCUUGGGUGCCAGCAACCCAAACAGCAACAACACCAACCGCCACGCCGCCCCGGCAGCCACCGAGCUCACCAAUAACGGCAGCCCAGACCGGAGCCCCUCCGCAGGGAACUACCUCCCCCCCUCCUACACGGUGGCUCGGUCCUCCUCCGGCACGGCUUUAAAGAGACCCGAGGAGGAAGCGCACCACCUCGCCUAUCCUGCUUCGCCCACAGCCGCCACCCCGCCGGGGAGCAACCUGAAGAAGGCCCCGCCUCAGACGGAGAAGGCUCCGUGCGCUUCCCCGGACUCCAGCCCCAUGGCGUGCAAUGACAGUGACAAGGGGAGCCCAUCGCCCAGUGCGGCCAAGGAGAAGAAGAGCAGUGGUCCCAGUGCCAGGAAGGGGAAAGGGCAGAUUGAGAAGAGGAAGCUGAGGGAAAAGAGGAGAUCAACAGGUGUUGUCAGCAUACCAUCCAAUGAGAGCCUGGAUGAGCUGGACGACGACGACGCAGGGGAGAAGAACAGGAGGGAGGAGGAGGAGCUGGUUCAGGCCAACACUUUCCAGAAUGAGGCCAUGACGGCUGACCCUGCCACUGGCCACUUAAUGGAAACCCCCAGAUCUGGGAGCGGCCGCCACAAGAGCUCUGCAGGGCCAGGAUCCGAGGAGGAGGUGGGUGGGAACAGACAACGACACAACCGCCACGGCAGAGAUGGAGGAGCUGCAGCACCGGGGAGUUUGGAGAAAAGGUUGGAGGAGCUGGAGAAGGAGCUGGCCAGAGAGCGCCAGGAGAACGACAGGUUGCUGAAGGCCCACCAGGACAAAGACGACCUCAUCGGGAAGCUGAAGGAGGAAAUUGACUUGCUGAACAGAGACCUGGAUGACAUUGAAGAUGAGAACGAGCAACUCAAACAGGAGAACAAGACUCUGCUGAAAGUGGUGGGUCAGCUGACGAGGUAGAACACAAACAGCCCGGCCUCCUCCCUGACGAACGGAGCAGCUCUGUUCUCUUCCUCCUGACCUCCUGCCCUGGGUCAAGUCCAGCAGCAUGGCCUUUAAUCUGUCUGAGUCUGUCUCUUUGUGUGUUAGAGGUGAAACUGUAAAGUAGUCGACCUCAGAGCCUCGCGGCCUUAAAUACAUCCCCCGAGGAGGAUUUAUUCCAUUUGCUGAGAGGGUAAGCUCUCAAGUCCUGACAGUCUCAUGGGGAUCAUCUGUCAUCUUAUACAUAUUUAAUGUAAAUUUAUUGUAUAUAGGCCAUUUUAAAUUGUUCAUUUUGGGGGGAAUUUUUAAUAAGGUCUUCAAAAGCAAAGGAAAAAUGAAUGUAUGUGCUGCAAAAACAAGCACACGUCUUUAUUUAGAGGUUGAAAAAGAAACCCGUCUGUGCACACAGCAGCAGUCACCCAGGUAAAUUUAAAAGAUCUCCAGUGUUUGAAUCAUGCAGUUUCAUCAGCGAACUCGUGACGAUAGAGCUUCGGUCGAGGAACUCUUGGACCAAAUUCAACAGAAUUACUGCUACAGUACCAUCAGCCAAAGUGAGCAUCGUGCCUUACAACACACGUGUGAUGUUAUUUGUCAGUUCUUAAAACAACAGUUAAAGCCUGGCUUUAUUAAUGAACAUCAGUGCCAGAUUUACUUCCUUCCAAUAUUUUUUUCCUGUUACAUUUGAUUCCCGACAGGGCCUGAAUCAGUGAAUUGUAUUUUAAAUUUUUCCAGUUUAAAUCAUAAAGGUAACACAAGCAAGACUUUAUAUGGAUUAUAUGCUUUGUGCAUUUCAAUGUUAACAUCUGAGUAUUAAACUUGUCCUGAGGGUGAAACCCUUGCCUAGUAUAUACAGUCUGUUUACACCUGGUACUAACAUGCAUCCUGGGUGAUCACAUUGCAAAUGUAAAGUUUUAAGUACAGGUGAGAGUGCACCAAGUGUGUCCUCAACAGUUUUGGAGAGCAACUAGUUACAUGUUGUUAAAUUACAAAACUUUAAUCAGUUACUGAGAAAAAAUAUGUAGUUAAAUUACAUACGGCUGGAUAUCGCCACUGAUUUCCUGAAUCUAUUUGAUUUGAGAUUUUUCGGUUACAAUACCAGUUUCUGCUAGUAUGUGAAAGAGAUUCUCAAAGAACUAAUACUGUAAAUUUUACAAGGAAUUAUUUUUAAAAAGACUACAUUUACAUCAGGAAUAAAACUGAAUAUUUUAAAACUACAUGUUUCUAGAGCAGCAACAGUAACAUUAAAACAGCAAAGUCACAAUAUGAACUUAAUAUCUCACUGGAAACAAAAUAAAAAUGUCAGUAAAAUAAAUCAUAUUCCUGACAUCACAAUACUGAGUGAAGUUUAGAAGGAAUAAAGAACACAGACAUCAGUCAGUAUCAGUCCUCCUGUCCUCUGCUGAGGAGACGGAUCGGAAUUGUGCAGCAACAUUUUUUGCCGACAUGAGAUAUGACAACAAAAGCCAGAGACUGUGUUGUAUUGAGCUGUAAAUUUACCACUGUACCAAGACAGUAGCGUGAAAGUCAAGAGCGCUCACUCUGCAGCAAAAUCUGGGGACUAAAACAUCCCUAGAAGUACACUGCACUGCAUACUGACUAGCAUAAUAAAACUGUUCGACUUGAAGCAAUCUUAGUCAUAUAAAAGGAUCUCCAACUGACGAUUCGAAUCUCCAGCCCUAAAAUAAAAUAACUAGUAGGUAACUAGUAAUCUGUGUAGUCUAUCACAUUUAACCUUCUCAACACUGAUCGUCAAUGUGUCUUGAGAGCUGUUCACUCAGUGGCUCGUACUUUAGCAGCAAUAGUUGACUAGCGGUGCUUAGAGCAGGACAAGGAGGAGCUGCAAAUCAAAGAUACAAUUAAAUAAGACGUUACUCAUUACAAAAAGUAAAGGCUAUAAAGUGUUUAGCAAGACAAGCCGCCUGCUGGUUAAAAAUGAUGCUUUUGAUCCUGCAAACAGAAAUGAUUCAUGCGUUUAUGUGUGUAUAGAGCAGGAAACUUAGAUCUGAUUACAAGUGAUCACCAAGAUGUAUUCGGAGAUGUAUUUUAGCGCCAGGUGAUGCCAGUUGAGAAACAUUUUCACAUUGUCCGAUCCAUCAGAAUUAAAUGUCUCUGCAAAACAACGACAUUGCACUCAUGCCUCUUCACUACUGGAAACUUGUAAAAGGAAGGAGUCAUGGCGGAGAGGAAGUAACAGUCCAAAGCGUGGCUUCAUUUCACAAAGAAAGUGCAGCUUGUACUGUCUGUAAAAUGAUGAUUUGACACUACACAGAAGUGCCACGCCACCCAACCGAGCAGCACGUCAAUUAUUGAGUGUAAAUAUUCUCUGUGAUAAUAAUAUUUGCGCCACACUGGCAGACUCAGCACAUUUUUCCUUUGACUAAUAGAUAAAAAGGAUGCUGUGCAGGUAGAUGAAGAGAUAAUAAAACAGAUGCAUUGGUGCUGAAAACCUGCGUAGGCCUACUGUUGUACAGUACACACAAAGAAUUGAUUGGGAAUUAGUAAAGGAAUCAAUAAAGGCAAUGGUAUUAAAAAAAAUCAAGUGUGACCCACAGACAAAGAGUUGUCCAUUUGUGAUCUGAUCACCCGAGACGAAGGUGAACACCAGGUGUAAACAGGUUUGAAGUGGAUUCUUUUAAAGAUGCUCGCUGUAAUUUCGUUUACAUGUUAACGUCUCUGCGAUAUUUGAUAGAUGUUUAGCUGCUCUGUUUAUGGCAUCUAAGAUGUGUGGAGUGAGCUACAGUGCAUUUUUUGUAUGAUAACCAAAUGACCUGAAGGAACAUACUAUUUGAAAUGCAUCUCUUUUGUUUUACUCAAGGGAACAGGCUUGGCUGGUAGAGGUAUUUUACUUUCUGUAUUUAGAUCAUUUUAUUCCACAGAGGAGUCGUUCAGCGAGCUCCCGCACUCGGGCAAAUAAUCGAUAGGUUUUAGUCGGUCGAUAGAUAGCUCUGCUUCCACAUACACUCACUUAUUUUGGGGGGUAAAGAUCAUCUCCUCACAGGCAGACAUCACAGACCCGUCUCUCUUUCCAUGACAUUAUGCAUGUACAGAAGAUUAAGUCAUUUAAUAAAAGUUUGAUUAUC